GGACGGCCGACCGACACUCUCCGGGACGGCCAGGGGCCGUGGGGAGCCCGGAAGACGGGGAGAGCGAGAACCCAAACUUGCAGAGAGGAGUGACCUGGGGGCCGAGGGCGGAGCCGCGAGCGGGGAGGCGGGAGCGAGCGGAGCGGGAGCGCGCUGGCCCAGGAAGCGGAGAGCGCCGCCCACCCAGCCCGGCGAGAGCGCUGCGGGCACAGGCAGCUGGGCCGGGGGCUGCCGGCCCUCGACCCCCACAGUGACCCCGCCGCCGCCAGCCCGCCCCCAAGAUGAUGAAGAGGCAGCUGCACCGCAUGCGGCAGCUGGCCCACACGGGCAGUUUGGGACGCACCCCGGAGACGGAGACUGCCGAGUUCCUGGGUGAGGACCUCCAGCAGGUGGAGCAGCGGCUGGAGCCAGCCAAGCGAGCGGCCCACAAUGUCCACAAGCGACUGCAGGCCUGUCUGCAGGGCCAGAGCGGGUCGGAUAUGGACAAGCGGGUGAAGAAGCUUCCCCUCAUGGCUCUGUCCACCACGAUGGCCGAGAGCUUCAAGGAGCUGGACCCCGAUUCCAGCAUGGGGAAGGCCUUGGAGAUGAGCUGUGCCAUUCAGAACCAGCUGGCUCGCAUCCUGGCCGAGUUUGAGAUGACCUUGGAGAGGGAUGUCCUGCAGCCACUCAACAGGCUGAGUGAGGAGGAGCUGCCAGCCAUCCUCAAGCACAAGAAAAGCCUGCAGAAGCUGGUGUCCGACUGGAAUACCCUCAAGAGCAGGCUCAGCCAGGCAGCUAAGAACUCAGGCAGCGGUCAGGGCCUGGGUGGAGGCCCAGGCAGUUACAGCCACAACGCCACGGCCAACAAGGUGGAGACGCUGAAGGAGGAGGAGGAGGAGCUGAAGAGGAAGGUGGAGCAGUGCAAGGACGAGUACUUGGCCGACCUGUACCACUUUGCCACCAAGGAGGACUCAUAUGCCAACUACUUCAUAAACCUCAUGGAGAUUCAGGCCGAUUACCAUCGCAAGUCUCUGAGCUCGCUGGACACAGCCCUGGCGGAGCUGAAGGAGAACCACAGCCAAGCAGACCCCUCCCCUUCGAUGACGGCCGCCCCCUUCUCCAGGGUGUAUGGGGUGUCCCUGGGAGCUCACCUGCAAGAGCUGGGCCGGGACAUCGCCCUGCCCAUCGAGGCCUGCGUGCUGAUGCUGCUCUCUGAGGGCGUGAAGGAAGAGGGCCUCUUCCGUCUCGCCGCUGGGGCCUCGGUGCUGAAGCGCCUCAAGCAGACGAUGGCCUCGGACCCCCGCAGCCUGCAGGAGUUCUGCUCUGACCCCCACGCCGUAGCGGGUGCCCUCAAGUCCUAUCUGCGGGAGCUCCCCGAGCCCCUGAUGACCUUUGACCUCUAUGACGAUUGGAUGAAGGCAGCCAGCCUGAAGGAGCCCAGAGCCCGGCUGGAGGCCCUUCAGGAGGUGUGCAGCCGCCUGCCCCCAGAGAACUUCAGUAACCUCAGGUACCUGAUGAAGUUCCUGGCACGUCUGGCCGAGGAUCAGGAGGUGAACAAGAUGACACCCAGCAACAUCGCCAUCGUCCUGGGGCCCAACCUGCUGUGGCCCCCCGAGAAGGAAGGGGACCAGGCCCAGCUGGAUGCCGCCUCAGUGUCGUCCAUCCAGGUGGUGGGCGUGGUGGAAGCUCUGAUACAAAACGCAGACACCCUCUUCCCUGGAGACAUCAACUUCAACGUGUCCGGCCUGUUCCCAGCCCCCACCCCCCAGGACCAGGUCAGCGAUAGGCCGGCCUCUGAGGAGCUUCCAGCCAUUGCCGUGCCGGCCCCGGCCCCGGCCCCGGCCCCAGCUCCUACCCUGGCCCCAGUGCCUACCAAGGAAAGGACGGAGUCUGAGGCUCCCCCCAGACCGGCCUCCCCCAAGGUCAGCAGGAGCCCCCCAGAGGCAGCAGCCCCAGCGGAGGACAUGGCUCGGAGGACCAAACGCCCGGCACCAGCCCGGCCCACCAUGCCCCCGCCCCAGGUCUCCAGCAGCCGCUCCUCCCCUCCAGCCCCAUCCCUGUCCCCUGCCUCUGGCAGUCCUGUGAUCCCCCGGGCUCUGCCUCGCCGUCUGGUUGGCAGCAGCCUCCGGGCCCCCACAGUGCCACCCCCACUGCCCCCCAUGCCCCCCCAGCCUGUCCGGCGCCAGAGCCGGCGUUCACCAGCCUCCCCCAGCCAAACCUCCCCAGGUCCAGCCUCCCCCAGCCCGGUCUCUCUGAGCAUGCCUGCCCAGGUGGACCUGGGAGAGGCCACAGAGGAUGGGGGCGGCCCUGAGGCUGUAGACAGCACCCCCACUCCCACAGCUGUGCCCCCUCAGCCUCGGCCCAGGAGCCUUGCCUCAGAGACCGACUGAAUGAGUGGCCCUCCCCAAGAGCCCUCGGUGUCCCCUCUCUUCCAACUUGUCCUCCCAGGACACAGCCCUCACCCCUCCCAAGAGGUGGGGGCCUCUAGCCUUUGCCUACAAGUGCCUCGGUGCCCGCUGGGUCGGCCCCCACGGCAAGGAGGGCUCAGGACAGUCCUCCACUUCCAUUCCUUCUCCUCUUGGAUCCACCUUGGGCUUGGGGGGCUCAUCCCACCCCCCACUCUCUGGCAAGGUCCCAGGGGAGCCACCAGGAGGAAGGAGAGCUUGCCUGCUCCUACUAGGACUUUGAUUUUUCUCUUGACAACAUAUUUUUUUGUAAGGCAGGUAAAUAAAUUAUUUUGGACAAAACUGGAGCAGCUGCCCAAAAGAUAGCUUUAUUUUCUGUACUCGCAAUAAAGAAGCCACUUUCAUAACGGGGAAAAUUCAGCUAUU